UGCUCAUUCACGCGUUUUCCUUUGGUCAAAAAGCUGGGGAAAGUUAAGAGGGGACGGAGUGGAAGUCUUAUCAAGUGAAUUUCCAUCUCAUCUUUCCUCUCCUUUCCAGGCAAGAUCGUGGAAACGCUACCCAUUUGCGCACUACCUCAUCUUUCCUCAUCUUUCCUCAUCUUUCCAGGCAAGAUUCCUUUCCAGGCAAGAUCGUGGAAACGCUACCCAUUUGCGCACUACCCUCCUUUCCUCAUCUUUCCUCAUCUUUCCUCUCCUUUCCAGGCAAGAUCGUGGAAACGCUGCCCAUUUGCGUACUACCCUUCUUAAAUCUCUAUAAAUAUCUCUACUCUUGUUACCUGCUGCAGCACUGAAUUUGGUUGCUUUCAAUUAGAGGGCUUUUAACCCAUCCACUCCCUUUCCUUUACUCUUGCCUAUAGUUUCAUUCUUGAUUUAUUUAUUUAUUUGCUCACGUCAGAGCUUCAGUUUUCUGUUAAUGGCUUCCACUUCGACAUCUGGUCGAGGACAGCAGGAAAGACAUCCACUUCUGGCACUUGAACGUCCUAGCAAAAGGAUACAAUCCGCCGUGACUGUAAAGCAGUAUGAUGUAUUCAUCAACCAUCGAGGCCCAGAUGUCAAAAAGACUCUGGCUCAGCAGCUUUACGAUUCUCUAAAGGAAGCUGGGAUCUCGGCAUAUCUAGAUUCUGAAGAGACUGAAUUGGGAGAUUCAAUUUCUUCCACCAUAAAGAAUGCCAUAUACUCUGCCAGAGUGCACAUCGCCAUCUUGUCACCGCGAUAUGCAGAGUCUGCUUGGUGCUUAGCUGAGCUAGCUUUGAUGUUUCAAACCAAGGCUAAAAUCAUUCCCCUGUUUUACCAUGUUGACCCUUCAGACUUCCGCUACAUAAAAAAUGAAGUCGCAAUUGCAUUUUCCGGACACGAAAGGAAGUGCAGAUAUCCGAGUCAUGACAUUCAACAGUGGAAAGAAUGCCUCCAGAAUGUUUCGGAGAUCAAGGGCUACGAAUUCAACGACGAUCAGAAAAAGUUGUGUAAUGGCGUGGUGUCUGCUGUGAUGAACGAGAAGCAAAAGAGGAAAAUUCCUUUCCAAGUUGCAAAAUAUGAGGUUGGACUUGAUAAGUUUGUGAAUGAUUUCCACAGCCGUUGCCGGAGAAAUGGGCAGAUGAUAGAUAAAAUAAUUGGCAUCUACGGAAUGGGAGGGUCUGGCAAGACCACUCUCGCCAAAUAUUUGUUCAAUCACAAACAUUCAGAAUUUAGUGGAUCAACUUUUCUCUUUGAUGUACGGGAACGACAAGUCAAAGGUGAGUUGACUUCUCUGCAAAGUCAGCUUCUCAAAGAUCUUCUUAACCUGGAAGGAAACACCAUUCCUAGCAUAGAAGAUGGGAUCGCCGUUAUCGAGUAUAAUCUUAAGAGGAGCCGUGAAUAUAGGUUCCUUAUAGUUAUAGACGACGUUGAUAAUCAGAAGCAGUUAGAUGCACUUAUACCCACAGAUGCUCUCAAUCCCAAUAGUUUGGUGAUUGUCACAACCCGUAACGAGGGUGUUCUUAUACAGGCCAGAGUCAUAGUUCGUUAUAAGAUGAAAGAAAUGGAUCCACAGCAUAGCAGAGAGCUCUUCUGCUGGCAUGCAUUUCAUAGACAAUCUUGUGGAAGUGGAUAUGAUAAUUUGGUUGACAGCUUUGUCAAUUUGUGUAAAGGUUCACCUCUUGCUCUUAAAGUAAUGGCCGCGCAUGUUUCUGGCCGUGACAAGGCUUACUGGAAGUUACAGUUAGAUGUUGUUAAGGCAAGGCUAGACACAGACAUAAGAGAGACUCUUAAAAUAAGCUAUGAUGCUCUGGAAGAGGAUCAAAAACAGAUCUUUAUGGAUAUAGCGUGCUUUUUCAUAGGGAAAAAUGUGAGCACGGCAAUAAGUAUAUGGAAGACUUCAAGGUGGAGAGCCGAACAUGCACUUCAGACCCUCAAGGACAAGUCCCUUGUUGAAACAGAAUCUGAAGUUUUUUGGGGAUCGAAUUGGUAUGAGCCACCAUCUUAUUUCAGAAUGCAUGAUCAUCUCCGCGACUUGGGGAGAGAACUGGCAGAUAAUGAAACGAACCAUCCUCGUCGACUGUGGCGUCCUGAAGAUCUUAUUGAUAUAAGUGAAAUCAAGGGAUUCCAGAACAUGCUCAUGCGGUCCGAAGGAAAUUGUUUCAGAUGGUACAGUUGUAUUCAGGACAAAGAAAGUGGUCUUGUGAUGAGAUGUUUUCUGGAGAGUUCAAGGACAUCAACUGAUUUACGAUGGCUUGAACUUAAUGGUAGGAUUCCUGAAUGGAUUCCUUUACAAAAUUUGCACACUUUAAAAUUUAUAGGAGAGUCACCUUCGAGGUUGUGGCAAAGGGAUGACCAGGUUUUGCUCAAGCUCAAAGAGCUAUAUUGCGUUUUAUGGGCUCCUUGUACAGACUCCACUCAUCUAAACAAAUUGGUGAGCUCGGUUGGAAUGUUAAAAAAUCUAGAAAGGCUGCAGCUAAAAUUUGUAGGAAACAUCUUCGAAUGGAGUUUUGAAUGGAAUUGCUUGCUAAAAUCUUUGAGAGAACUCGCCAAUCUGAAAACUUUAGAGUUGAUUGAGUUUCAACUAGAAGGGGAAUUUGCUUUAAGCAACAGCGGAGAGGCAACUGAUGAUCGGUUUUGUAUGGGAAGCCUUGAAGCCAUAACUCUGUGUGGCGUAUUGAAAACAAGGAGGGUCUCAAUUAGUGGACAGUCGUGUCCGAUCCUUAAAACUCUUAACCUUAAUUCUAUGGAAGAUCUAAUUGAAGUGGAUGUAACAGGGGUAACCACAUUGGAAUGUCUGAUGCUGUUCGAAUGUAGAGAGAUGAGAAAAGUAUUGGUCAAUGAUCUGCCAUAUCUUGAAAUGUUUCAAAUGAAAUUCUGCAGGACUAUGACAGAGUUGCCAAAUUUUGGGUGUGUCAGUUUUCUCAAGAGGAUCCGUAUUAGCCGCUGUCGAAACCUGCGGGAUAUAUCAGCUAUUGAAAGAUUGAAGUGGUUGAAGAGGAUCUGGAUCGCGCAUUGUCCAGAGCUGGAGAGUAUAAAAGCUAUUGAACCAUUGAAGAGAUUGAAGAGAAUCUUCAUUAAUAAAUGUACAGAGCUGCAGGAUGCAAUUUGUCUUGAAGAAUUGAAGGCGUUGAAGAGUGUCUUCAUUGGGAAUUGUCCAAGGCUGCAGAACAUAUAUGGCAUGGAAUUUUUAAAAUGCCUGGAGAGCAUUGUCAUUACUGUAUGUCCGCAGCUGCAGAAUAUAAAGGGUGUUGAAGAAUUGAAAGGACUGAAGGAGAUGAUUAUUGCAGAUGCUCCUAUAAUAAGUUGCGUUGAAAGGUUGCAGAGAUUGCCGGGGGAGGUUACGAUUAUAGUGGGGAGAUCGGCCACGGCAGAUUCCAUCGCCGAAGAAGAUGUCUUCAAAUGGACAUUGUCAGAUAAAAUUGGGGAUGGUUUCUGUGAAAUAAAUUUGAAGGGAAAUAGCAGGGAAAAAGUAGAGCAGAUGAUCCAUUCCUUUGAUAGAACCCGACAUGCGUUCAGUACAUUCAUCUUUUGCACUACGUUUGAUAUCUCUCCUCGCAUACCGAAAGACUUUUGUAGUUGGACCCCGACUCUGUUUCAUGUGCGUCUUGGCUCUCAUGGUUUUUGGGAAAGAAGAGAGAGGAUGAUAUAUAUGUGUGCGGUUAGCGAAGAAAGGUUCUCAAACUAUGACUCCUGGUUAUCAUCAGAGCCUAUGAUGGAGAAGGGGUUUAUAAUGGGAGUGAAGAAAGGCGAGGAAAGCAAAACCCUCCACAUAUUGAAAAGCUUAGUUGUUCAACUACGCUUGGGCGAACUUUGUUGCGUCGGCAAUAGUAGAAAAGAUGUUGAUGUUCGGUUGGGUAAAAGAGAUUUUGUGUUAGCUGACAAUGAUGAUUUCAUUGACGAAUAUGAUGAGGAGGAAGAACUUGAUGGUGGUGAUGAUUAAAAAUUCCGUUGUUGUAAAUGAAAUUAUGGUUAUCUUAAAAAGAAAGAGUUAUGCAAAAUGAUUUUCUUUAGAGUAGUA